UCGGCCCGCGACAGCUUAGAAGAUCCACCGGAUUACCUGGAAUCGCCGGUGACCAACCACAUAGCAUUAGCAACAAAGAACCAACAGCUACACCAAGUUUUUACCUUUGUUUUCCAUUCCCUCAUUUCUCUCUUUUCAACGCCCAUUGCCUUCUCUCUCUCUUUUUCUCUCUCUUGGAUCAACUCACCCAGAAAAAAUUACUAAAAAAAAGGGCAAAGGCAAAGGCAAAGCACAAAGAAUCGUCAUAUUUACCAUUUGUGAGAAUUUCGCUUAUUUUCUUUACAGUUUUCCCCUAUCCUUGGUUGGACCUUUAUUGUUUCUUUCCUUUUAUUGGUGCAAUUCUUCUUCAUUUCUUCUUCUCCUUCAAUGAAUAUCGUGAUGCUGUUGUUGGUUUCAUCUAUUUUUGGUAAAUUAAUCGAGUUCUGAUCUGGGGUUCUUUUUGGAGAGAUUCCGUCAAUUGCUUCAAGUGAUUAUAAAAAACCCAUAAUUUAGAUGGGCUGUUGGAUAGCUUGAUUCGGAGGUAAUUGAAGACUUAGUCAUCGUAAGUUUUGAGUUUUUCUUUUUCUGAUACCGUCUGGGUUAGGUUCGUUUGAUCUGGAAGUUGACCCCGGUUCUACAUAUUUUAGAAUUUUUACAUCUUUACCCAACGAAUUGGUUUCCUCAGAUUUUUGAAUUGUUGCCAAGGAACCCUAAUGCACAAAGUAUAAGAUUCCUUUAGGUUGGAAUUUCGUCGAGGCAUUUGAUUGCUUUGAGUAAUUUUAUCUGUCUGGUAAUAAACUUAAGAUUGGCUCCAAGCUUUGUUUGGAAGAUUUGUGACAAGUUGCUUCAGGAUUUGGUUGUGUUUUGAGAUAUUACUCCAAGAAUUUUAGAGAGGGUUGUUAAGAUCUUUAAUCUAUGGUUGAGUAAGGAAUAUGGCAGCAGAUAUGGAUUUUUCAACUCCAUGUGAAAUCGUAGAAGAUAGUUAUAGUAAGGAUAAUUUAUCAGACAUGGACAAUGAAAAUUUGGAUAAUGUAAAACGAGCCCCCCUUGGUAAACCUCCCCGCCACCUCUCAGUUAUGCGCCAUUCCAUGGGCUCAGCCAAGUUGAUUGCCGAGGCUAAUCUGGAAUUGGAUAUUGGUAUUAUAGUCCACAAAUCAUCUUCUGAUGAAAAGAACGAGUUUUUGCCAGUUUUGCGAUCAGGAAGUUGUGCUGAAAUAGGACCCAAACAGUAUAUGGAGGAUGAACACAUUUGCAUAGAUGAUCUUAUCGGACAUUUGGGGACAACUGCCGAGUUUCCUUCUCCUGGAGCUUUCUAUGGGGUUUUUGAUGGUCAUGGAGGAACUGAUGCAGCCUUAUUUAUCAGGAAGAAUAUCCUUAAGUUCAUAGUUGAAGACUCCCAUUUUCCAAUUUGUGUGGAGAAGGCAAUCAAGAGUGCUUUUCUGAAAGCUGAUUAUUCAUUUGCAGACGCCAGCUCUCUUGAUAUAUCCUCCGGCACCACUGCAUUAAUUGCACUUAUUUUUGGAAGGACCUUGAUAAUUGCAAAUGCUGGGGAUUGUCGAGCUGUGUUGGGAAGGCGAGGUAGAGCAAUUGAAAUGUCCAAAGACCACAAACCUAACUGCACAAGUGAAAGACGAAGAAUUGAGAAACUUGGGGGAGUCAUUUAUGAUGGUUACCUGAAUGGUCAACUGUCUGUGGCACGAGCACUUGGAGAUUGGCACAUGAAGGGGCCAAAAGGAUCUGCCUGUCCUUUAAGUGCAGAGCCAGAGCUGCAAGAGACAGAGUUAAGUGAGGAGGAUGAAUUCUUGAUAAUGGGAUGUGAUGGGCUGUGGGAUGUUAUGAGUAGCCAGUGUGCAGUGACUAUGGCAAGGAAGGAGCUGAUGGUUCAUAAUGAUCCUGAAAGAUGUUCAAGAGAGCUUGUGAGGGAGGCACUGAAACGCAACACUUGUGAUAAUUUAACAGUAAUUGUGGUUUGUUUCUCCACUGACCCUCCACCUCGAAUAGAAAUACCACAGUUCCGUGUUCGGAGGAGCAUAUCAGCGGAAGGGCUGAAUUUUCUAAAGGGUGUGCUGGAUAGUAACUGAUGAAACAGUGGAUAGAUGAAAAGAGGUUGUACAUGAAGGCAUUGGAGGGCAAAAUUGGCAGGCUGCAGGCUAACAUUCAAUCCUCCUUCAAGGACAUGCUUAUCAUGUGAUUCUUUAUGAGUUUCUAAAUCCUGUACAUCUGAGAUAACUCAUGUUGUACGGAUUGGCAGGAGUCGAUGGUCAACCAGUUUUUCCUUUUCUUUUCUUUUCUUUUUUUCCUUCAUCUGCUUACUCCUAUCCUAUCCUAUCCUGUGUAGAUAAACUGAACCCUGAGAUAUGUCGUAGCAGUUUUCAGUGAAUCAAAUAAUUGCUAUAAAUUCACCAUUGGUUUUAUAUAUAUUAUUGGUUAUUGAA